AUGAGAGUCUCAAUCACGAACCCGCGCGAGGUCUCUCUUGGCUCGGUACAGAUAUCCUCGCUGCAUGAGGUUCUUGAGCUAAAGGCUGGGUCUGGUCCCAGCACAUCAAGCAAGGAGCAAUCGACCGCCGAAUCUUACGCAGUCUCCGACGGUGACAUAGCCGCCAUCCAGUCCAAGAUGGCAAUCAUUGUACUAUGCAAGAACGAACCGCCAAACACCAUCGAAUCUGUCUUCUCCGGCAUCCCUCACAACUCCCUGAUCAUCCUCGUCUCGAAUAGCAGUCGAUCUGAAAUUGACAGAUACGCAGCAGAGGCCGAGAAGCUCGAAAGCUUUUGCAGACUCACAAAACGCAGCGGCAUCACAAUUCACCAGAAGGACCCGGGAGCGGCCAAGGCCUUCAUCGCCGCAGGAUCCUCGGAUAUCGUGGGCGAUGACGGUCUCAUACGCAAUGGAAAAGGCGAAGGCAUGAUUCUGGGCAUGGCUCUUGCGGCGUGGAAAGGUCUCGACUACAUUGGCUUCAUUGAUGCUGACAACCACUCGCCCAGUUCCGUCCUCGAGUACUGCGAGUGCUACGCCGCGGCACUUUACUACGAGCGAUACACUCGCGGCGGACAGGACAUCAUGGUUCGUAUAUCCUGGGGUUCUAAGCUGAAGUGUCGUGACGGAAGUCUCCAAUACGAUCCGGAAGGACGCAGCUCCCAAGUGGUGAACGGGUGGCUCAACAAGCUACUUGAGCACUUUGCGGGCCGCCCCGUCAACAACUUCAUCCGGACUGGCAAUGCCGGCGAGCAUGCGAUGUCCAUGGGUCUCGCGAAGCACAUGAAGAUGGCGGGCGGCUUUGCUAUUGAGCCCUACGAGAUCAUCUAUCUACUUGAAGAGCUGAGCAACUUGCCGAUUCAGGAUCCAAAGUACGUCGGAGCUCCCGUUUCUUACUCCCCGGCGGUCAUCCAUCAGAUCAAGACUCGGAGCCCGCACCUACACGACAACAAGGGCGACGAACAUGUAAAAGGCAUGUGGGCUCAGGCGCUGGGUAGCUUGUAUCAUUCAAAGAUCACGCCGCCGGAGAUGAAGAAAGCUCUUCAUGAGUUUAUGGUCAAGGAAGGAGAUCUUUCACCCGAUGAGAUGCCGCCUAAGGCAAGGGUGUACCCGGCUCUUGAAGAGUUGAAGAUGGACCUGUUUUACAGUGUCUUGGGGGAGCAAGAUGCGACUCUGUCUGAUGUGCGAUUCUGGCAGUAA